AUGCGGCUGCUGACCCUGCUGUCCGCGACCAGCGCUGCCGCCGAGAUUGCGCUGUCGCCAUUCUUCGGAGGCCUGACGGACAGCCUCGGUCGGAAGCCUGUCGUCGUCGGCACGAUGCUCGUGGCGUGCCUCACCAACCUGGCCACCGCGGUCUACCCGACGGUCGCGCUGGUGGCGCUCUCCAAGUUUGUCGCCUCGCUCGUCAUCGGCAUCUUCUUCCUCGCCGCCGGUGCCCUCCUCGCCGACAACUUCCGCUCGGAGCCUGCCAAGCUAGCCGCGGCGUCGGGCAUCCUCUUUGCGCUCGUCAACGGCAGCUUUGGCCUCGGCGUCGCGCUGUCGGGCCUCCUGCCGAGCGGCUUGCGGUACCGCUACGCAGCCUCCGCCGCCGUGGGCCUGUGCGGACUGCUCCUCGGCGCGAACGGCAUCCGCGAGUCUCUCCCUCUGGCCGACCGCGUCCCGUUCCAGCUGCGCAGCUUCAACCCGCUGCUGUCGGCGCUGAUGGCACUGAGCCUCGCGCCGCUCUUCAUGGGGGACACGCUGCAGGUCUUCUGCCUGAGCCACUGGAAGCUGACCAACACGCAGGUGUCGCGGCUGUUCACGGGCGUCGCGAUCCAGGGCGUCAUCGCAAACACGCUCAGCGCCACGCUCAUCAAGCGGCUCGGCCUGCAGCUCUUCACACUCCUCUGCACGGGCUCGACCCUCCUCUUCUGGGCGGGCUUCUCGACGGGCGUGCCGCGCGUCGCGAUGGUCGGCGCCGCCGCCGGCCUGCUCGGGCCUGCGCGCACGCUUGGCGCCUCGACGAUGAUCACCUCCGAGGGGUCGCGGCUUGGGAUCCCGCAGGGCCAGCUCUCGGGCGACCGCGCCAACCUGGUGGCGUGGCUCAAGGUGCUCGGCCCGCUCGUGUAUGGGCAGCUCUACGUCACGGGCACCGCCUCCGGCGUCCCCACCCUCCCCUUCCUCCUCAACUGCGCUUUCGCCCUCGCGGCGCUACUGCUGGUCCCGAUGGCUCUCGCACCGGCGCCGUCGCGAUGA